UGUCUCGCUGGUUGUCAGCGCCAUGUUAUUGUUCUGACUGCGGAUCAGCAACAAGUCUCCGGGGAGCGGGGAGGCCGGACGGCAGCCUGCGGGAAGAGAUGGCUAAUAGCUAGCAAGGCACACACAUGACCAUGAUGGCUCAGUUUCCCACAGCCAUGAAUGGUGGUCCAAACAUGUGGGCUAUCACUUCUGAUGAGCGAGUCAAACAUGACCAGCAAUUUUUAAGUCUUAAGCCACUUGGAGGGUUACUUUCAGGUGACCAAGCUCGAAAUUUCUUUCUGCAGUCUGGUUUGCCAAAGUUAGUACUGGCUGAGAUAUGGACCCUGGCAGACAUGAACAAGGAUGGAAAGAUGGACCAGCAGGAAUUUUCCAUAGCAAUGAAAUUGAUCAAGAUGACCCUUCAAGGCCACCCGGUGCCAACAACACUUCCAAUCAUUAUGAAACACCCACCAAUCCCUUCACCCUUGGGCUCGGCACGAUUUGGGAUGGGAAGUAUGCCAAAUCUGUCAGUCCCACCAAACAUGCCUCCUUUUGCUUCCUUGGCUCCCACAUCAUCUUUGACCUCAGGGACAACAAUGCCACCUUUGGGUAUGUCAGUCCCCCUGCUUCCUGCUGUUGGUACAUCAGCAUUGCCAAAUGGUACAUCUAUUCUCAUACCUCCAAUGUCUGCACAGAGUUCUGCAACACUUCCCCAUUCUGGACCUCUGAGGCAGCCUUUACCAGGAUUUGGAGGCACUGGUCUGCAGAAGGCUCAAUCAUUGAUUGAUCUUGGCUCCAGCAGCAGUUCUUCAUCAUCUAAUACUUCUCUCGCAUCACCAAAAGUGAGUUCAUCUGACUGGGGAGUUCCCCAGUCUGCAAGGCUCAAAUAUCGACAGUUGUUCAAUAGCCUUGAUAAAUCCAUGAGCGGCUACCUCUCAGGCCCCCAAGCCAGAAAUGCUCUUGUACAAUCCAAUUUGUCUCACAACCAACUAGCUACCAUAUGGAGCUUAGCAGAUGUUGAUAAGGAUGGAAAGCUCCGAGCAGAAGAGUUCAUUUUAGCCAUGCACUUAAUUGAAGUGGCCAAGUCUGGUCAACCGCUUCCUCUCUCACUUCCUCCAGAACUGAUACCACCUUCUUUUAGAACAAGCAAAUGGGGUGAUGGAAUAAAUGGAGCCCCGACUCAGUAUCAAGAAGUUACGCAGGAAAUCCAAGAGCCUCAGAAAAAAUCACCUGUCACUUUUGAAGAUAAAAGAAAAGCUAACUAUGAAAAAGGGAAUGCAGAGCUGGAGCGGAGGCGUCAGACCCUUCUAGAGCAGCAGCAACGAGAGGCAGAUCGAAGAGCACAACGGGCCAAGGAGGAACAGGAGAGGAAGGAGCGUGAGCUGCAAGAGCAGGAACGGAAAAAACAACUUGAUCUGGAGAAACGAUUGGAGAAACAACGUGAGUUGGAAAGACAAAAGGAGGAGCAAAGGAGGAAAGAAAUUGAAAAACGAGAGGCAGCAAAGCAAGAACUUGAACGUCAGCGUCAGCUUGAGUGGGAGCGGAUUCGGCGACAAGAACUUCUCAAUCAACGAAACCGGGAACAAGAUGAGAUUGUCCAGUUAAAGGCCAAGAAAAAGAGUCUGGAACUUGAACUGGAGGCACUAAGUGAGAAACAGCAAAAUGUCACCAGCAGAGUGCAAGAAGUCCAAAGCAGAAAAGAAGUUCAAAAAAAUGAACUGGAUCUUGUAAAUCAGAAACAUGACCAGCGACGAAUAGAAGUAAACCAUUUACAACAACAACUCAAGGAGUUUCAGAAAAUGUUGAAUCAGUUAAUUCCUGAAAAGCAAGCUCUGGAUGACCAAGUAAAACAAAUUCAGCCCAACUCUGCUUACACUACAAGUCUCACGCUGUUGAAUCGGAAUCAUGCAGAAAAGAAAGAGUCUUGUGAACAACUUCGACAACAACUGAAUGAGCUAGAGAAACAGACAGCCAGCAAACUUUCUGAAAUGGAUGCUUUUAAUACUCAAUUACAGGAGCUGCGGGAAAGCUACAGCAAACAGCAGUUUGCCCUGGAGCAGCUCUAUCGAAUUAAGGAUGAUAAAAUUCGAGCAAUUGAAAGAAAGAAAGCUGAAGAUCAAGCAAAGAAAAAAAGGGAAGAGGAGGAAGCAAUAAGAAAAGCAAAGCAAGAAAAAGAGAAUCUCUGGAAAUCAAGAAUCAAAAGAGAAGAGGAGAUAAGACAGCAGAAGUUGGAAGAAGAGCGACUUCAAGACAAGAUCCGUGAGGAGGAAAAUCAGAAAACUGAGGCAUUUGCUGCUCGGCAAAGGGAGAUAGAAGCAGAAAGUAAAAGGCUCUCUGAGGAGAAGCAUCGUCGUGAAGAGGAGGAGAAAAAGAGACUUACACAGCUUCAAAGAGAAGCUGAAGAAGAAGAGAAGAGGAAGGCUCAGAUUCUAAGAAAAGCAGAGGAAAAACGCCAACAAGAAGAAGAAAGGAGAAGACAGGAAACAAUAAAGCAAGGUGAAGCUGAGAAGCGUCACUCAAAGACUGAUGUACAAGAAAAGUUGAAGGAUGUUCUGAAAUUAACUGACAAACCAACAUAUGGAUUAAGGAAAGAAGUGCCACUCAACAAAAGUAAAGUCUCCCUGCCUGCAAAGUCAGCAAUCUUGAUAACUUAUCGAGCAUUAUAUCCAUUUGAGGCAAGAAAUUAUGAUGAACUCAGCUUUCAAGCUGGAGAUCUAAUUGAGGUUGAUGAAACAACUGAAGGGGAAUCAGGCUGGUUGUAUGGUACAAUGCGAGGCAAAUCCGGUUGGUUCCCAGUGAACUAUGUGGAGAAAAUGACAGAGAGUGAAGCCCCUUUAUCACCCAAAAGAGCUUUAUUGCCACCCUCAAAACCUACUUCAACUACCUCAACAUCUCCUGGACCACAUGCUCAAAAUAAAAUGAGUGAUGAAGGGAAUUUUCAAUCAAGUCGAGGUUUCUCCGGGAUUAGUGGCAGUCCCAUUUGGCAGAAAUCUGCUUUUACUCCAACUCUUCCCCCUGGUUCUGGAUCACCAAUUUAUGAUCAGGUUGAAAAUGUAAAAACUUUUAAGGCACUGGCACUUUGUUCGUGGACAGCAAAAAAAGAGAACCAUUUGAAUUUCUCAAAAGACGACGUAAUUGAUGUUCUGGAACAGCAGGAUAACUGGUGGUUUGGAGAAGUUCGUGGUGGAAAGGGCUGGUUCCCCAGGUCAUAUGUCAAGAUUAUCGCUGAUCAAACACAGUCAUCAGUGGAACCAGAACCUGUUUAUGCUAAGAUCAGCAAGAGCUCCAGCCCUAUUUCCCAACCAGUAGAAGAGUAUAUUGCACUAUAUCCUUAUGAAAGUGCUGAAGCUGGAGAUUUAACCUUCAAGGAGGGUGAGGUUGUUCUGGUCACCAAGAAAGAAGGUGAAUGGUGGACUGGAGUUAUUGAAGAUAGAACGGGUGUCUUUCCAUCAAAUUAUGUCAAACCAAAGGAUCCAGAUGCAUCAAGUAGUUCUGGAAGAUCAGGAAUAAUCAACAAGAAGCCAGAGAUUGCUCAGGUUGCCUCCGCAUACACUGCAACAGGUACAGAGCAGCUCAGCCUCAUCCCAGGCCAGUUGAUACUUAUUCUGAAGAAAAAUGCUACUGGAUGGUGGCAGGGUGAAUUACAGGCCAGAGGUAAAAAGCGUCAAAAAGGAUGGUUCCCUGCCAGUCAUGUCAAAUUGCUUGGGCAAAGUAGUGGCAAAUCCACUCCUGCUCCAACUCCAGUCUGUCAGGUCAUAGCUGUAUACGACUAUACUGCCGUGAAUGACGAUGAACUGAGUUUCUCUAAAGGGCAGUUCAUUAAUGUGCUGAAUAUGGAUGAUCCUGACUGGUGGCAAGGGGAGAUGAAUGGAAUAAAUGGCUUAUUCCCUUCCAAUUAUGUGAAGAUAACCACAGAUUCUGAUCCAAGUCAACAGUGGUGUGCUGACCUACAGUCCCUUGAUACCAUGUUACCUAUAGAAAGAAAACGCCAGGGUUAUAUCCAUGAACUGAUUCAGACUGAGGAGAGGUACAUGGAUGAUUUGCAGCUGGUUUUAGAGGUUUUUCAGAAACAAAUGGCUGAAUCUGGGCUUAUGACAGACACUGAGCUGGGAACAAUCUUUGUGAACUGGAAAGAACUCAUUAUGUCCAACACCAAGCUGUACAAGGCACUUCGUGUGAGGAAAAAGACUGGUGGGGAGAAGAUGCCAGUGCAGAUGAUAGGAGACAUUUUAGCUACUGAACUAUCACACAUGCAGGCCUACAUCCGGUUUUGCAGUUGUCAGCUAAAUGGUGCAGCUAUCCUUCAGCAGAAAACUGAUGAAGAUCCAGAAUUUAAAGAUUAUCUUAAGAAAUUGGCUUCUGAUCCGCGAUGUAAAGGGAUGCCACUAUCUAGUUUCUUAUUGAAGCCAAUGCAAAGGAUUACACGGUAUCCACUUAUUAUUAAAAAUAUUUUGGAAAACACUCCAGAGAUCCAUGCAGACUAUAACCAUUUAAAGCUGGCAUUGGAGCGGGCAGAGGAGCUAUGUUCCCAGGUGAAUGAAGGUGUCCGUGAGAAGGAAAACUCUGACAGACUGGAGUGGAUUCAGUCGCAUGUUCAGUGUGAUGGAUUGGCAGAGCACAUUGUUUUCAACUCCAUAACAAACUGCUUGGGACCUCGAAAGUUGCUGUAUAGUGGAAAACUUUACAAAACAAAGAGCAACAAAGAAUUAUACGGCUUCCUUUUCAACGAUUUCCUGCUGCUUACCUACAUAGCUAAACAAUUUAUUUCGUCAAGCUACGAAAAACUGUUCAGCUCUAAAUGUAAUUCUCAGUUUAAAAUGUACAAAACGCCUAUUUUCUUGAAUGAAGUUCUUGUGAAACUGCCAACUGAUCCAUCAAGUGAUGAUCCAGUCUUUCACAUUUCACACAUUGAUAGAGUGUACACACUAAGAGUGGAAUCUUUAAGUGAAAGGACUGCCUGGGUUCAAAAGAUUAAAGCAGCAUCUGAACACUUUAUAGAAACUGAGAAAGGGAAACGUGAAAAAGCUUAUCAAGCCCGCUCACAGAAGACAAGUGGAAUAGGGCGACUUCUUGUGAGCAUUAUUGAAGCAACAGAAUUGAAAGCCUGCAGGGCAAAUGGAAAGAGCAAUCCCUACUGUGAAGUCACCAUGGGAUCCCAAUGUUACACGACCAGAACACUGUCAGAUACUUUGAACCCCAAGUGGAACUUUAACUGCCAGUUCUUUAUCAAGGACAUUUACCAAGAUGUAUUGUGUAUCACAGUCUUUGAAAGGGAUCAGUUUUCACCUGAUGAUUUCCUAGGUCGGACAGAGGUUCCGGUAGCAACAAUCAAAAAAGAGCAAGAAGGCAAGGGACCAACUACAAAGCGCCUUCUUUUGCAUGAAGUCCCAACUGGUGAGCAGAAAGCCUGUUCAGACUGAAUGAGAGAUUGGAUAAGGCUGAAAUGACGUGGUGCAUUCAAUUUUCUACUGGUCGAAUGAGAAACCACAGUUUAAUUUUCACCAGACUUCAGGAACCUUUCAUAAAAUUAUAACUACAUUGAUAAAAUAUGUUGUAAAUGGCCAGCAGGUUGGCCAGAAUGUGAAAGACACAUUGGUUUAGGUAGUUAUGAAAGGUUACACCCAAAACAUGUCAUUCUCAGUUGUUGAUUGACUGGUUUUGCACUUCUUUUCUGGUUUUAUCUAACAAAUUACCAGCAUUAUUUUUGGCUACAGAGUGAAGGCAUACCCUAAGAUGAAUGCAAGUGCACUGUUCACCAGUAUCUAUUUCAUGUCUUUUGUCAUUGUUCUUAUCCAUUUUUUUUAUUGAGAAUCCAGCUAUCAAUGUGAAUAUAUGAAGCAAUUUAACUGUUAUUCUGCUGUUCUAGUUCCUGCACAGGUGCAGUGGGCUUUCACAUAGUCUUCAUUUCAAGUGUUAUAAAUAAUCUUUAUUUUGAACUUACUGCCACAUUUUUGUUUUUCCUGCUUGAACAACAAGUUUAUUUUUAAGAUGUAUUUGUAAUACACAUGGCAUCACUGCAAUACGCAGUCAAAUGAUCCAAAAACAUUUUUAAAAUCACUUUCUGGUAUUCAUUACUGAAGACAAUUCAAAUCUUUCUUCAUCUGUAUUCCUUAGCCUUGGAAAACAGAAGAUUCAUUAUUGCAGCUGUGUUUAGUGGAAGGAUGCUAUAAAGUGAUAUAAUGUAUGUGAUCAGCAAUAUUAACUGUUUGAUACAGAACUACUGUAAACUAAUUCAAGGAGCUCCAAGCUGUGAAGUCCUUCAUUUUAUAAUUUGGAGCACGUGCUCCUGGUUAGACAAAGCUUUCACGUGAAUUCUUCCUGACUGUCAGGUAUAAUCAAUAAAUGAAAACAAAUAAAACACAAAAUGUUGGAAGUGCUCAAUGGAAACAAAGUGUCAAAUUGAUUACCCUUUGUCAGGUCAAUAAACUACUUUCUUUCUAUUUAAUUGUACAAAUUACAUGUGAGAACUCAGUAUUAUUAUUGUUAGUUCAAAUUGAAUGCAUUAAUUUAAAAAUAAAUCAUUGGUAAUUGAUGGAGAAGAUGAGGAAUAAAUGACUGGUAACGCCCAAAAUUAUCCUUUGUGCUGCUUUCAUUCUUGCAGUCCAAGCAGUUUAGAAAACUUAUACAACUCACUAUUCAUUUUACGUGAGUGAACAUUAUGAAUGGAGGAGGGAGUUUGAUGAAGAACAUGAAUAUUAGGUAUCUAGUGGGAUGUAACCAAUGGUAAAAGCUUGUGAAUUUUGCUCCAUGUCCUAAACAAACAAAUUGAGCCCUUAAUUAUAUAGCCAACCAUCCACAGGCUAAUUAUUGGUUAUAGAUUGUUCUUUGUGAGUGUACUUCAAAACUAUACCAUUGGUAAAUUUAUCUGCCAAGUCACUGAAGAUUCUUUUUCUUAGUUUCACUUUAUUCUGCAAUAAUUCUGUGUAACUACUGGGAUGCUGGGCAGGCACUGUUACAACUAGGUGAGGAGGGGUGAAUCAGCUCUCUCUUUUUAACCCCAUUGUUGACCACAACAGAAGUUUUAAAUGUUUAGCAUGCAGCUAUAUCUCACUUGAAUUAAGACAUAGUACUGGUCAAACAUAAGGUGCCAAUUGCAAGGUUUUGAUGUGAGAAAGAGGGAUUUUUACUAAUACCAAGGAAAAGAUAAAGAAACACACACAAACCCAGGUAUAAAGUUUAAUAAGAAAGGUACAUUAAUCCUUAACCUAAGGUCACAGUUCAAUUGAUUUCCUGUAUCCUCAGCAGUGGCAAGAUGUAUAGAUAUUCGAGUUCUAACUGAAUGGAUAUUUCUCCAAUUUGAUCACAGCACUGUUUGUCAAGAGAGUUGAGAGAAACAAGGAUAAAGAGAGAUUCUUCCAAUUCUGAUAUUACAAAUCUAUUCUUUUUCUCACUGCUUGGUCCAAAACAAAUAUAAUUCCUUUCCAAAUUUAUCAUUAACUGACUGCAAUUAUCAUUCUAUUGCUAAAUUGAAUCUUGUGGGUUACAAGAUUGUGAUUUUUUAAAUUUACCUGGUGGUCAAGCAGGAAUUUUCAAUGAAAAGUGGCAGAGUUCUGGGAUUCCAGUAAGGCUGUUCUGAAUAUUUCCCAAUAUAUUUUCUGAUCACUGGUAUGCUUAGUUUAUACAGAAAUUAUUUCAGCACCUCUGCUGCUAUCUGUCUGCUGCAGUGUUUGAAAACCAUUCCAGCUGUUGCACUGACUGCACAGCAUCCAAUAAAAUGGCAAGAAAUGUUCAAUGUGAAGAUUUUGAUCAUUCUGAAAACAUAAUUUCAAACAAAGAUGCUAAACUGUAGAAUUAUAUAGUGGUUUAAUGGUGACUUCUAUUUCCAACUAUGUUGAAAACAAUCGUUGUACAGUUGGCCAAGCUGCUAGAAAAUUGGUAUUGACUGCCAGACCAUACCACAAUAUGGUGUCUUUAAUGGUUAUUUAAAAUGUUUGCACCUGACUUUUAAAAAUUGAAUGUAUAAAAAUCCAAAAUAGCUGUAUGUCAUGCAGCAUUAGUUUUCUUGAGUGCAAAAAUGUAUAUUAUAAAUGAGGGAACAGGGAAUGUCUAUUUUGCCAAAUAUUUUUCUUACCUAUACAGGAGAAAUUGCUAUUAGGGUUAUGAAUAUACACUGUGAGGUAUUAAAUCUCUUUAAUAAUUCAGUCAAACCACUGUCAAACUGUUACUAGUACUGAGAACAAGCAUUUUAAAGAGGGAAUGUACUGGACAUUAAAUAGUUAAUAUUAGUCUUGGCACGCAUGUUUUGUUUUUUGUGUUGAAUCAUGUGAAACUAUUUUUUAAGGAAUCUUCUUUUUAUGCCAUUGCUCAUCCUAUGCAGUCUACUGUAGAUAAUCUCUUUGCACUACUGUGGUAUGUCUCAGUUGCUUCAUAUUUUGUAGAUUGAAUUUUGUUGUAUAAUAUUUGGUUUGAUAACAAUUCUCUACAC